AUGUCGUCGAAGCUCGACUACCUGCGACGGUACCUCGGCGGCGACGCCGGCGGCGACGGCGCCGGGGACGGGGAGAAGAAGAAGAAGCGCAAGCGCAAGAAGGAGCGGGACGGCGCGCCCUCGGGCGGUGGGUCGGACGGCGCCGCGCCCAGGGCCAAGAAGCUCGGCACCGGCAUCACGGUCCACGACGACGACGUCGACGACUGGAAGUACGCCGCCGAGCGCGAGGCGGAGCGGCGCGCUCGCGAGGAGGAAGGACCGGUGGUGGUGGGCGGCGACGACCCGGGCGUGAGUAAGGGGCGCGCGAGGCAGUACCUGGGCAUCAGGGAGGACGGGUCGGGAUGGGCGGUGGCGGACGACGACGCGAACGACGCGAACGACGGCGACGGCGACGACCUCUCGCCGCCGAGGCCGGGGCGACACGACAGCGACGAAGACCUCUCGCCGCCGAGGCCGGGGCGACACGACAGCGACGAAGACCUCUCGCCGCCGAGGCCGGGGCGACACGACAGCGACGACGACCUCUCGCCGCCGAGGCCGGGGCGACACGACAGCGACGACGAAGAAGCCGAUGAUCCGUCUCCGCCGAGGCGACGCAGGCACGACAGCGACGACGAGGUGGCCGGCGACCUCUCCCCGCCCCGCCGCGGCGGCGCGCGAUCGCCGUCGAAUGAAGAUCUCUCUCCGCCGCGACGUCGAGCGGGGUCGCCGUCGAAUGAAGAUCUCUCCCCGCCGCGCAAGCGCGUUCCGACCAUGACCGACGGCACCGCGACCGGCUUGGUGGACGCCGCGACCGUCGUGCGCGAGGCGGAGGAGAAGCGCGCGGCGGCCAAGGCGCGGAUGGAGAGGCUCGGCGACGACGCGACUGGUCGCUACGCGGCCACCGCGGUGCGAGACAAGGCCACCGGUCGGAUCCUCACCGCGGAGGAAGUCGCCGCGCGGGAGGCGGCGAAGGCGGCGGCCAAAGAACCCAAGGAGCGCGAGAGGCCGAUAUGGGCGACGGGCGUCGCGCAGGCGAAGCAGAUCGCCGAGGGACGCGCGGCGUUGGCCGAGGAGUCGACGAAUCCCUUCGCUCGAUCCGACAUUGACGCUCGCGCCGACGCGGCGAUGCGGGAGGCGGAGCGCUUCGGGGACCCGAUGGCGUACCUCGCGAGGCGGCGCGAGCGGCAGGGGGGCGGGGAUAUCGUGUUGCCGUCCGUGGUGGAGGGCAUCAGCGAGGAGGCGCUUAAGAAGAGCGGGUUCAGGAUCCCGCAGGAGGUGCCCGCGCACUCGUGGAUGAGGCGGGGGAUCGGCGCGGCUCCCAAUAGAUACGGGAUUCGGCCGGGGCGGCACUGGGACGGGGUGGACAGGAGCACGGGGUUCGAGCAGGAGCUGUUCAAGACGCAGAACCAGGUCCGGGCGAGGGAUCACAGCGCGUGGAAGAUGGCGCAGGCGAUGUGGGAGUGA